AUGGCGAGCCUCACGGCUGGCGGCAUCAAGUCCAUGGGGGAGCUCAUCGGUGGAGACGCGUCUUGCACUGAGCAGAUCAAAAGCACGUGGCUGCACAUGGCAGCGGUGCAGCAAUACAAGAAGCUGGGCAAGCCCGAACGCUUCCAGUCAGAUCCGCCCGCUGCCUUUUGCUUGCGCGACAUGCCGCUCCAAUACGCGGACCAAGUUGUGAACCUCAAGCAUUUGGUGGACUGGGUGAACUUGGAGGACGGCGCCGCGGACCAUUUGGACACAGUCGACGUGUACGACGCCAUGUGCGGCGGCAACUACAUGGCUCUUCCUGCUCCAUUCAAGCCGAACAAGGACCCUGGGGAACUUGCAUUUACCAUGCAGCUGUAUAUUUUGCCGAAGGAGGGCAACGGCCAUCAGUUCGUCCUGAAAUACGCGAGGUUCCAAGACAAGGUUCGGACCGACAUCGCCAAGGAGAUCUUCGUCGCGGGCAGGGCGCUCACAAUUCAUUGGGGGAGCUCGGCCGACAACAACACGCCCCUGAAGCUUUUCUACUACAUGAUGGACAGGCUGGGCGGAGUUCAGAUCCGUCAUUGGGCCCAGCCGUCAGUGGUGGCAGCCGUCGGCGGCGGCAAUUACGACAAGGGGAAGCGAAAGGCUGGCUUCCGCUUCAUUGAGGAAUUCGGCCCUCGAGCGAACAAUCGCAACCAGUUCGUCGAAUGGACUGACGAAAAGAUCAACGACGAAAGCUCCCCGAUCUUUGGCUGGCAGGCGGGAGAGGUCAAGGAGUCGCUCCGCAACUACGCGUCAGGCUCUGUUGGAGCGAAGACGCUGGAGCGUUGGGCGGUCACGCUCAAACGCUUCCACCCUUUCGUGUUCGACCACGUCGUGGUCCCUAUUCUCAAGAGCCAUGACGUGCACGGCGCGAUGUGGAUUGGCAAGACCAGGGUCGGCAAAUCGACGGCUUCGAAAACGAUAGGCUUUGCGAUCUCCGCCUGCCAGAUAGACAAGCACGAUCGCGUCGACCUCCGCGCGAGCGUCGCCACGACGAAGAAGGUGGACUUCUUGCGGCUCGAACCUGGGACAGUCUUCAAGCCCGCCAUCGCUGACGACACCGUCCUCACGAAGUGGGCCCCCGAUGAGAUCAAGGCCUUUCUCGACCCCGCAGAAGAGGACGCGCUGCUAUGGGCCAGGCAGCAGGGCGCGGACAACGCACGCGGCCAAACAGAAACAUACACAACGAACGACAGAGACAACCAGUCCCGCCAGAUCUGCAUCAAACCGUGCAAUGAGGAGUUCGAGAAGACGAUGGCUGACGUGGAGGCGUAUCUGGCGAGGUCCAACAUUGCGCUCCUGACUGAUGACUGGAUCUACUUGCGAUUGGCGUCGAAGACGAAGGACCCAGUUCCCCGCUUCCCUUGGCCAGCGCCCGAUAAGCCAGACCUCUUUACGCCAGAGACAACGCCGAUUCUGAGGCGCUACAAGAAGGACCAAACGUUCGCGCCGACCGACUACGACAUGCACAUGAGGUGGUCGGUGGCCGCCAUGAAGAAGUUUUCCAGGGGCGACGACAUCGGGCGCUCGUCGACGGUGCGCGGCCCCACGCUGUUCGACCAAGACGCCCCGCCGAGGUACCAGUUCCCCGAGCUGGACGGCGAGCCUGACGUCGCAAGCGGCGCCGCGCGUUCCGCGCUUGAUCCCCCUGCGAACCCAGAUGGCAGCGACGUAGAGGAAGAGGGCGUCUUCGGCUUCGGUGGUGGGAUGGACGGCGACGGCGGCGCGCCCGCGGCGGUUGCGCCGCCUGCGCCGCCCCCGAAGCCCGUGCCCGUCAAGCGGGAGAAAGGGGCCUUCCGCUUCCUCAAGAGUUCGGCGGGCCGCGGCGUCAUUGACUUGAUCACGCCGACGCCAAAGAAGCGGCGCCCCGCCCUCGAGGUGGAGCUGUCGCAGAUGCUCGAGGACGACGGCGUGGCGAGCGGCGCCGCG